AGCGUGGUCACCCAGCAUUUCCUGCAGGAAAUCGAUUCGAGAACGACUUCAAAAAUGUCGACAACGCGACAGAAGCCUAAACCAGUCAAUAUACCGUCAGCUCUCCUCUCCAACGAGGAGAAUGAUAGUGUUUUUAACAUGCUCGGACGUGGAUGUACGACCCUUGCUACAGCAGUCGCUCAACUACUGAUCGCUCUUCCCGAAUCGAGAACGAAGUGGACGAAGAAAGCCACGGGAGCUGUUUGUUUUGUAAAAGACUGCUCCAAAAAAUCGUACUUUAUUCGCGUUUACGAUAUCAUACAAAAGUGUAUGGUAUGGGAACAAGAACUCUACAAUCAGUUUAAAUACUUUACUAGUUUGCCGUUCUUCCACACAUUUGCCGCUGAUAACUGCAAUGCUGCACUUAAUUUUUCAAGCAACAGUGAAGCUGAUGCAUUUAAAACCCAGAUUGAAAUUAAACUCCAAGAGAAACAAAAGAGAAGACAAGAUAGAAGAAACCAGCACAAGAACAGAGAACCAGCACCACCUCCUGCUCUCGGUGGAAAUGUUGAGUUGUCAGGACGCCCAGCUUCUGGUACAAUGACACACUCACCAUCCCAAACUAGCCUGACAUCUAUAGACAGUUUAUCAAGCAAGAAGAAGAGUACAUCAGGAAAUAACAAAAAGGAUAAGAAGGACAAAAAGGGCAAGAAGAAAUUCUCCAAAGAUGACAUUGGCAAUCCUGAAAAUUUUCAACAUGUUGGACACAUGGGCUGGGACCCUCAGAAGGGUUUUGAUGUGAAAAACGUGGAUCUGUCCAAGCAUGGAGACGAAUGGGUCAAACUGUUUAAACUGUUUGGGGUGUCUGAAAAUCAAAUGGAUGACAGCACAAAAGCAUUUGUGGUUAACUUUGUCAAUGAAAGAGGAGGCAUAGAAGCAGUUACAAAGGAAAUAGAGAAGGAGUAUGACACCACCGCAAGUUUGGGAAUCCAACCACCACCCCCACCAUCUCGUGGAGCUGCGCCGCCCCCUCCAUCAAGAGGUGCACCCCCUCCCCCUCCAUCAAGAGGCUCUGCACCCCCACCACCCCCUGCAAGAAUGGGAACAGCACCACCGCCGCCGCCGCCAUCACGAUCAAGCCAGCGACCACCACCUCCAUCUAGAGGUGCUCCUCCACCCCCUUCCAUGGGAAUGGCUCCUCCCCCAGUGGGCGGGGCUGCACCUCCUCCACCUCCACCCCCACCUGUUGGAGGGCCGCCACCCCCUCCCCCACCAAUUGAAGGACGGCCACCUUCAAGCCUUGGGAAUCCUCCACCGCCACCUCCGCCUGGGCGUGGUGCCCCUCCUCCUGGCCCAAUGAUUCCUGGUAGGGCUGGUCUUCUAUCCCAAAUCCAGAUGGGCACUCAACUUAAGCGGGUUGGUGAUGAUGAGAAGAGGAAGUCGAUGUCUGGGGGAGACGCCAGGGAUGACCUUCUCAGUGCAAUCAGAAGUGGAACAAAUCUUAAACCGGUAUCCCAAGAGGAUGGCCAAGCAAAGCCCAGAGUAGAUGCUGCUCCAGGAGGAAUCUUAGGAGCACUGCAAAUGGCUCUAACCCAGAGAGAGAAAGCUAUCCACUCUUCAGAUGAUGACUCUGACUCUGCUUCAGAGUUUGAGAGCGAUGAUGAUGAAUGGAUUGAUUAGUGGAGAAAAUAAAAAUUUUGUAAAAUUCAGGAAUGGGCUGUGCUAGGUAAAAGAAUUUAUGGGUAAUCAAGGUUCAUCCAGUUUGACAUAGUAUUUAUAUUCUUUGUAUGUUGUUCCCAAAGACAAUGAUUCUUAUAAUUAUUUAAUGAUUUUUAUAAUGUUAAAACAUCUUUUUCUUGCCGCUACUCAAACUUGACUAACCUGAAUACACAAUAUUUUAUGAAUUAGAAAAUAUAAAUGAUGCAUGUGUGACCGUAAGAAAUUUCGAAAUCACCUCAUACCAGUAGCCUGUACUUGCAAACAUUGCGGUAGCCAUCUAUGUACUUUUCAACAAAUCGGCUCAGAUCAAACUGAAAAAAGGCCAACUUUAUAAAUGUCUUUCUAAAUAUAUUAUAAAUGUCUUGCACUGUAGCUUUGGAAGGGAAAAAUAGAAAUGUUUAGGCAUUUAUGCUUAUGGGAUAUGUGAACUGAUAUCCCCGAGAGCACCAAGAGACUCUAGACAAGACCUGCAGAAUAAAGUUCUCAGGAUCAGUUUCACUGGAUCCAAUUUGUAUCAGUCGAGAGCUGCCGAAGCCGUUCUUUUCAGUGCGAACCGAAACAACAUAAAAUGAAAAUGUCCACCAUUGUGUUUUGUAAUUGUUCCCUUGUCCUUUGUUUCUUCACGCCACAUGGUGUAACAAAAUUAUGUGAUUUAAAAUUAGGGUAUAUAAUAAAAACGAGAUUUAUGAGAA